GAGUAUACCUAGGUAUUUCCCGAAUACCUCUCAAACAAACAUCUCCACCAUCUCACAAGAAAGCUAAGCUUCCAAGCCCAAGCACCCCACACAUUCAUUGGAACCAUGGCAUUCCCCGCGCCGCACAUCCACCCCGCACAAACCACCCACACGCACACCGCGAUCCUCCUCCACGGCCGAGGCAGCAAGGGCCCCGAAUUCGCCGAUGAGCUCUUCUCAUCCAUGACCUCCCAAGCCCAAACUCUUCCUGAUGCUCUCCCCACCUGGCGCUGGGUAUUCCCCACCUCGCGCGACCGUCUCUCCACGCGCUUCCAGGAAGAGAUCUGUUCCUGGUUCGACGCCUAUUCCCUUUCCGACAUCGAAGAACAGCAGGACUUGCAGAUUGAGGGGCUUCGGGAGUCGGUUCUCUAUAUUCUCGAGAUCCUCGAGCAGGAGAUCAGUCUACUGGGCGGGAACGCAAGCCAUGUCUAUCUCGGGGGUAUCAGCCAGGGGAUGGCGACAGCGCUCUGGACUUUGUUCUGCGCGGGGGGGAGGAUUGAGCUGCGUCUUGGUGGUGUUUUGGGGUUCUGUGGCUGGAUACCCUUUGCACAUGAGAUUGGGGAAUUGGUGAGGCAGUCGGCUGGGUCGGAUGUAUCCCAGGCUCAGGGGCUGGUUUGCAGCUUCUGUGUUGAGACCCUCGGCUUACCGCAGUCCUUUGAGGGAGUAGGAAGUCAGGGUAGUUCUUUGCCGCUUCUAAGGACGCGGUUCUUAUUGGGGCACGGGACAGAUGAUAUCUGGGUGCCGGUGGAGCUGGGAAGGCAAGCGUUACAGGUUAUCAAGGGGCUCAGCGUGGGGGGGGUAGACUGGAUAGAGUAUGCUGGGGCAGAGGGGGAUGGCCAUUGGAUCAAAGAGCCGGAGGGGCUUGAUUUUAUGCUUAAGUUCUUGGGAGGUGGAUCUCAGUUUGCCUGACAUGACCCAUGCAUGUAGCUUGUUCUAUCCCUUAUGCCGUUCCCUGAUAGAGGAUCGCCCCGGCACACCACAUACAACACUAAGCCGACAAGUAAAUACAUCUAGAAAAACCAUCCCCAAAGACACUACGUGGCAACAAUCUGCCAACAUACAAACAAACAAACCACGAAGACAACAAGUAUGUGAAGAUAAAUUCAAUUUUAGUCUAC